CAUUUUUAAACUUUCAAAAGGUGUUUCAAAUUCAGUUAUCUCGCCAAAAAAUCACAUCUUUUUUCUCUCAAAAUUUUUUCCACCAUGCCGCAUCCCAAUUUAAUCUUCAUCCUGACCUUUACCCUCCUCCUCCUCCCACACGACGUCCUCAAUCAAAGCAAACCUUUUACCCCUCAAGAAAUGAGAGAUGCUCGCCUCGAAGCGCUCAAAUGGAACAAUAUUUUCCGAAAAUGGCACAAUGGGACCCCAACAAUGACGCUGAAUGAUGAGCUGAACGACGCGGCCCAACAGAGAGCCGAAUAUUUCAUCAGCGGCAAACCCAUACCGACCACGAUCGGGGAGAACGUUUACAAGCGACUAAAAGAGCGACGGGCCUGGUUCGAUGCAAAAAACGAGACGGAAGGCGCCGUGAAAACGUUAGCCAGCAACAUAAUUGAUAAAAAUAACCCUAAAAAUAGCCCCUUUCGAUGAUCCCUGACGUAGAUGGUAUUUCGAACUAUGCACCGUGAAAAAAUUUCCGUUCGGCGAAGCCGGGAAGUUCAGACAGGUCGUGUGGUCGGAUUCGGUCAAAUUAGGGAUCGGCGUGGCUAGAAACCCCUCAGAUUCGGAGGUUGUCGUGGUGGGGCACUAUUUUCCGCAUGGAAAUACUAAGGGUGGGCUUCUCGAAAAUUUGAAAAUGUUGACAAUUUAUGAAAUAUUUUCAUAAAUAAUUUCAGGACAGUUUAAGAAAAAAGUGGGAAAAUUGCGCUGUCGGAAGGACGUGAUUUGUAACGGAAAUAUAUCCCAGGAACACGUGGACGAGCAUACUUGUCGUGGGGGGAUAAAUUCCCCGUCCACGUGGUUGCCACACCUCGUGGUCGUGGUCACUACUUAUUACAUAAUCCGUACGACAUGACCUUUCUCCGUCCACGGAGUGACGAUACCAGUCGUCAUUGCGGUCACCAUUUCCAUUCCUUCUUGUCUUCCAUUAAUAACCCAUUAAAUGAACACGAGCGUCCAAGGUUAAUCAAACAAGAUUUACAAGAUGACGGUGCGAUUUACUGUUUAUAUUUCUCUGAGGGGGCUUGCAGAAUGGACGCCAAUCGUCUUACGUUAAUCCUUAUCGGACCCGCAAAAAUAAUUGGCGUCCCUUUCUGCACGGCUCACUCGUUCAAAAUGAGCCAGCUCUUCAACAACCUCUCCACAAUUUUUGGACAUUCAUCAUCUUCCAUUUAUGAAAUCUUUCUGGAAUAUGGUAAAGAUGAAGCGGAGUUUUUUUGCUAGUAUUUUUUUAAGAUGGGAAUGUUUUUUAUAAUAGAUAAAUGAAAAUGGUGAACAGUUUUGUAAGAAAUGAAAUAAAGUGGUGGUGUAGUGCUGAUUUAAUGUUUGGUUUGAUAUGCAAUGACGUCGUUUGGUUUGAUAUGCAAUGACACGACGUUUGAGACUAAUUGUGUUUGCACAAGGAGGCUACUGGGCAGAUUGUGGAUCUCUCGUGAUCCGUGACGAUUAUGCUGACCAAAUAAUUCUUAAGAGAUAGUAAGUAAGACUGACGAUUUGUGAUUUUUAAUCUUGCGUGCGGAUAACAAGUUUGAUUUCCUGUCAUUUGAUGUCAAUUUAAUAUGGUACAUGCAGCCUGACCCCUUGACCCUUCAUGCACGGUAAUUAAAUAAGUCUGCUCUGUACUAAACCAAUGUUUAGCAAGGUUCCGGAUGUUUUUUUGUGGCCAAACGUAGAUAGUAAGUAAAAUUGCAAAAUUGCGAAUAUUUGUAUGCGUUAAUACUCCGUAUUUUUAUGGAUUAUGAACUUGUAACUGUGACG